AUGCCUACCCAUGACCCUCCCAUCCUACGAGCUCCUUUGCCAACUCGAGACAUCUUUGAUCCCUUUAACUCCUCCUCCACCGGCCACCAGCGCGCCGAAAAUCGUCUCUUAGGAAGCAUAUCAUGGCGAGACUCACGGAUGAACAAGCUAUCUCAUCAACUGGGAGAUCGAAGUGGCCGUGGAGGCCUUACUCAUAUCUCGGAUCUCGUGGGAGCCGGAAGUGUCGACUUCGGAGAUGACGGGAGAAAGCAAAAUGGCGAUUGGGAGAAAGGCGCUCCGGACCUGCGCGAAAAGGGAUGGCAGGAUAUUCGAGGUCUUAUGACUAUGACUAGCAGGAAAAAGCGACCCGUUGAUUCAAAGGGCAAGGAGAAGGCCCUGUUGAAGAGACAAAGACGUGGCUCACAAUCGGACGGAUAUCCGAGCGAGACUAUUCCUGAAACUUCGCUUCCGGGCGCCGAAACACAACAGACCGAUGCAGAAAUGGCCUCGGAACCCCUCGUCACAAAUGCAAAACAGCCACCACAGAUCUUCCGUGGAUUAACAAUGUAUCUCAACGGAUCGACAGCUCCUCUGGUCUCUGACCACAGGAUCAAGCAACUGUUCGUCCAGCAUGGGGGAAAUUCGGCUUUGGCUUUGGCCCGCAAGUCCGUCACCCAUGUCAUUGUCGGCGGUACUUGCGGUGGCGGCCUUGCUUCAGGGAAGAUCAACAAAGAAGUCACUGCUGUUAGAGGCAAAGGUAUCAAGUACGUGACGGCUCAGUGGGUACUUGGCAGCAUCGAGAGAGGCAUUCGACUGCCCGAAUCGAGGUAUGUUCCGGAAAAUCUCAACACGAAGGUCGCUGGACAUGGCCAACGAAGCGUGAAAACUGCGUUCAAGCCCACGAAUGGACGAGACGAGCAUAGAUCAUGA